GGAGACCUGCACCCGGAGAGACAGCAGCCUGUAGAGACCUGCACCCAGAGAGACAGCAGCCUGCAGAGACCUGCACCCGGAGAGACAGCAGCCUGCAGAGACCUGCACCCGGAGAGACAGCAGCCUGCAGAGACCUGCAUCCAGAGAGACAGCAGCCUGCAGAGACCUUCAUCCAGAGAGACAGCAGCCUUCAGAGACCUGUACCGUGUUAAAGAGACAGCAGCUACACCAUGGCUCAGUGCCGAUCGUCCUGUGGCCCCGGGUACAAGACUCCUCUGGAUGCCAUGAAAGGUCCACGUGAAGAGCUGGUUUACGUUCCCUGCAUCUAUCGUAACACCGGGAUCAAGAAGCCGGAUUACUUGUCCACCGUGGAUGUGAACCCCGAAUCUGCGCAGUACUCGCAGGUCAUUCACCGUCUGCCGAUGCCCCACCUGGACGAUGAGCUGCACCACUCGGGCUGGAACACCUGCAGCAGUUGCUUUGGGGACCCUUCUAAAGUGAGGAACAAGCUGAUCCUGCCCUGUCUCAUAUCCUCCAGGGUCUACGUGGUAGAUGUGGGCACUGACCCACGAGCCCCUUGUCUGCACAAGGUUGUGGAAGCUGAAGAUGUGAAGAAGAAGUGCGGCCUGGGGAACCUGCACACCUCGCACUGCCUGGGCUCCGGGGAGAUCAUGAUCAGUGCUGUGGGAGACCCUGAAGGGAAUGGCAAAGGAGGCUUUGUUUUGCUGGAUGGUGAGACGUUCAAAGUGAAGGGGAACUGGGAGGCAGAAGGACAAGCGGCACCGUUCGGCUACGACUUCUGGUACCAACCGCGGCACAACGUCAUGAUCAGCACCGGGUGGGGAACCCCAAAAUUUAUCUGUGAUGGAUUCAAGAUAGAGGAUGUAGCAGCAGGACACUAUGGCCACCACAUUCACGUGUGGGACUGGAGCAAGCACACCCGCAUACAGAGCCUGGACCUGGGAGAUGAUGGGCUGAUCCCCCUGGAGAUCCGCUUCCUACACAAUCCAGAUGCUGAUCAGGGGUUUGUCGGGUGCGCCCUCAGCAGCUCUGUCUUCAGAUUCUAUAAGGCAGAGGAUGGAAAAUGGGCAGCAGAGAAAGUGAUCCAGGUGCCAGCCAAGAAAGUCCAGGGCUGGGCGCUCCCGGAGAUGCCAGGUCUGAUCACGGAUAUCCUGAUCUCAUUCGACGACAGUUUCAUGUACUUCAGUAACUGGCUGCACGGUGACAUCAGACAGUAUGACAUCACUGACACCAAGCAUCCCAAGAUGGUAGGACAGGUCUUCCUUGCGGGCAGCAUCCUGGACGGGGGUCCCGUCACCGUGCUGGACGACCAGGAACUGGACAGUCAGCCAGAGCCAGUGACUGUGAAGGGGAGGAGGGUCCCCGGGGGCCCCCAGAUGAUCCAGCUCAGCCUGGACGGGAAGAGGCUCUAUGUGACCACAUCUCUGUACAGCACCUGGGACAAGCAGUUCUACCCCGACAUGAUCCGGGACGGCUCCGUCAUGUUACAGAUCGAUGUGGACACUGACAAGGGAGGCCUCACUCUGAACCCCAACUUCAUGGUGGAUUAUGGGGCGGAGCCGGAUGGUCCGGUCUUGGCGCACGAAAUUCGCUAUCCAGGCGGAGACUGCAGCUCUGACAUCUGGAUCUAGAGCUUCCUCAGACGAAUGAACCCUCUGAUGGGAUGUACUACUACUCCCAGCAGGCACCUCUCAGGUUACAGGUUUUGCUUCCACUAAUUUUGAGGAUUUCAGGCAUCAAUGUGUCGGCACCACGUCCAUGCGACCACCAUUGCUGAUCAGAUUUUAUACUUGUGAUUCUGCGGCUUUAACCCUUUAAUAUCCAUUAAAUU